AGAGAGAGAUAGUUCCAUGUCGGACCACCAGAGAGCAGCCUGCAGAAGGACUCCUCCCUGUCAUGGUCUCUCGGGCAGGGUGUCCUCGUUUGUUUUUGUUGUGUGAGAGGAGGAGAAGCAUCCAGACUGCACAUUAAGCAUUUUGGGGUAUUUAUAAAUCAUUUCCUCAGUUAAUUAUGUGUAGUUGCUUUUAGAUCUAGGUAGCUAUAACCGUAUUAUUUGGUUAGAGUGGUCCAUCGCUUCGUGCAGAGACUCACUCAGGUCUAUGAGAGGGAAGUGAAUGAAAUGUCAAGCCAGCCAGCUACAUAGCUGUAGUUAGCUAACGUUACAUCAAGAUUACGGGACAGGCCACUUCUCUGGGCAACGUUAUCCAUUUUCUACAACAUCGUAGGGGAAUAUUUGAUCUAAAUCAUGAGUGAAGAGGAGAGUUCCACCUCAUCGGGUAACAACAAGGACUCGAGUAUUUCGCUUCUAUUAACCAAGGACGGACAGACGUACUACGUUGACAAGAGCGGUGUUGUCGACAGUAGAAAUGUAGUCACGCCGCAAGACUCGUACAAUAAUAACAUGUUCUCGUACGACAUGGACGAUGCCGACGAGGAGAGCGAUGUUUUGGACACGUCGGAUCCCCGUGACAGCGCUGCGAGUCCCGAAGAACUGAACGAGGAAGACGUGUUCGGGGAGAACGAGAACGUGUCGAAGACGUGCACGUACGACGGUUGUACGGAAACCACGACCCAGGUAGCAAAGCAGCGGAAGCCGUGGAUGUGUAAGAAGCACCGCAACAAAAUGUACAAAGACAAGUACAAAAAGAAGAAAAGUGAUCAGGCUAUGUCCAGCGGGAAACAAGAUGAGAGCUUGGAGGAAAGGCCUGUGUCUGUGAAUAAGCAGCGUCUCGGCACCAUGGGGGACCGGCCGGCCAGACCCUCCCUCAUAGAACAGGUGCUCAACCAGAAGAGACUGUCUCUGCUGAGGAGUCCUGAGGUCAUCAGGUUUCUACAGCAGCAGCAGCGUCUCCUGACCACCCAAAGUCACAGCCAAUCGCAGCCUGACUUCCAGGGCUGCUAACGGGACAACAGGGGGAGGGGCCAGCCGCUCUGUGUGUGUCCACCUCCCAGACAUGGGUUCUAGAAUCUAGAACCUUCUGGAAUUAUGUUAACUCAUUCUGGAACUAUUCCAUCUAUCACGGUGACAGGAGAAGGGCACAGUUGUUAGUACCUAGCUAACUCAUGAGGAUUAACUAACACCUAACCUUAACACAACCCUGACAUUACCCUAACUAUUUUAUGACCUGUUCACUUGAUAUGUGCAAGCUGUCAAGUGCACCGCUCGGACUGGCGCAGGACUAGACCCCAAACCUCGGCGCUGCCGUUCUUACGUGGUUUUCCCUUCCUGCUUUCUUACGCAAUAAAUCAUGUGAGCCUAUACCCAAAACCAUAAAGAAACUGAAAUCCUAAUGUACUGUACUGCCCAUCCGGUGAGGUGAUACAGCAUGUCCAUCUAGUGGCGCCCAGCGAAAGAUAUUCAGGCUUGUUUACAGGAGUAGUAAAGACUGGGGCCCUGGCAGAAUAUUACAGAGUAAUGGAGACUGUAAUGGAGAGUAAUGGAGAGUGUAAUGGAGAGAGUAAUGGAGAGUAAUGGAGAGAGUAAUGGAGAGAGUAAUGGAGACUGUAAUGGAGACUGUAAUGGAGAGAGUAAUGGAGAGAGUAAUGGAGAGAGUAAUGGAGACUGUAAUGGAGACUGUAAUGGAGACUGUAAUGGAGACUGUAAUGGAGAGAGUAAUGGAGAGAGUAAUGGAGACUGUAAUGGAGAGAGUAAUGGAGAGAGUAAUGGAGACUGUAAUGGAGACUGUAAUGGAGACUGUAAUGGAGACUGUAAUGGAGACUGUAAUGGAGAGUAAUGGAGAGAGUAAUGGAGACUGUAAUGGAGACUGUAAUGGAGACUGUAAUGGAGACUGUAAUGGAGAGAGUAAUGGAGACUGUAAUGGAGACUGUAAUGGAGACUGUAAUGGAGAGGUAAUGGAGAGAGUAAUGGAGACUGUAAUGGAGACUGUAAUGGAGACUGUAAUGGAGACUGUAAUGGAGACUGUAAUGGAGAGAGUAAUGGAGAGAGUAAUGGAGACUGUAAUGGAGAGAGUAAUGGAGAGAGUAAUGGAGACUGUAAUGGAGACUGUAAUGGAGACUGUAAUGGAGACUGUAAUGGAGAGAGUAAUGGA